UGGAAAGUACAAUCCACGCAGGGAGACGAGGAGGAACUGCAUCAACUCAGCCCGACUCACGCAAGUGCAGGAAGCAGGAUGACGGUUACAGUCCAAGUCGAUCCAGAUCUUUCCAAUCAGGCGGAAAAUGAUCCAUGAACCAACAGAUCUAAUAGAAGAAUCUCCAGAUUGGGAGGAGUUAUGGAAGCAAAUCUAAUGAAUGAAUGGUUGAAAGGGAAGAAACUCCUAGUAGUCACAUGACUGACAGAAACCUGCGUCUCAUAGAACAUUAACACCAAAAACGAGACGAUCAGAAGUUUGAACCACAAACACAAGAAGAAGUUUUGAUAAACCUGACCAGAGAGUUUUUUUUUAUCUCUACCUUGCAGCUCUCAUCACCUCCUGUGUCGGAAUAUUGGAUUUCUUUUGUAAACACAUCGAGUAGUUUUACGUCUGCUGCAGUAAAAAGCACAUUUAUGGGCUUUUCUGCACUCACAGCUGUAGUGUUUACUUUACACACUUCCUUUCCCAGCAUGCACCUCCAGAUCGAUCAGAUGUUAUCUGUCAGGCGGAGCUUUAAAAGCUGCCCGCUGUGGAGCAGCAGACAGUCGUCUCCUCUCCGUGGUUCUGCAGCUAUGUCAGGGAAAGCCGCUCUCCUCUUUGCCCUCCUGGUGGCCUUGCUGGUGUCCGGCUCGGCCUCCCCGCCUCGGACGGACGGGGGGUCUGGCGUCCUGGCCCACAAAGGGGCGGAGCCGGCCAGCAGGGGGAGGGCAGCCGCUCGAGUGCAGAGACGGGCGCACCUGACGGAGGAUGAGCGGGAGAUGGUGACCAAGCAGAUCGUGCAGGCCCUCUCAGAGGUGAUGAACUCGGACUGCAUGGCGGAUCGGGACUACCGGGGCUGGCUGGACUUUGGGAGGAGGGACGCAGAAUGAGGCCGAAGACCUCGCCGUGCCGUUUAUACUCUAACUGUACAGGAAGUGAAGCCUUUCAGAAUAAAAGUUUGACAGCAGUCUGGACUCCGUGUGAUGAA